AUGGAUUUCACCGUCGGCUGUGAGAUUGAAGUGACAUUGGAGUUGCUAGCAGUAGUUGCUGCACAGGGGCCCUGUGUCACUAAUCUAGUCGAAUUUGCCGAAUACGUUGUAUCUCGGUACGAAAGGGUACGCGCGAGAGAUGAUAUAGCGAUGCAAUCCGACAUCGAUGGUAUUUCUAGUGCCGAGAAUCAUUGGAAUCUUACAGAUGAUGUCACGAUUGAAACCUCUUCUCCUAAGCAAUGGCCUAUCGAAGUGGUAAGUCCCGUCAUGUUUCACCGGCCUGACGGGGAGUGGAUGAGCCAAAUCAUGGCCCUUUUCAAAAACCUCAAUCGAGUGUGCCGAGUCGAGACAAACCAAUCAUGCGGAUUCCACGUCCACUUUGCCCCAGUUGGUGGCUGGGAUAUAGAUACACUGAAAGCUCUCAGCCGCGCAAUCUUAUUUUUUGAGCCAGCAUUCGAAGUACUCCUUCCCAUAGAGAGACGUGGAAAUGAGUAUGCAAGAAGCAAUCGUAUUGACAAUCCCCGCCUAAGUAAGAAGUCUGGGAUGGAGCUAUUCCAGAUUAUAGACCAAUGCACACACCCCGUGCAUGUUGCCGACCUCCUCAACGAUGGAGGGAAUCGCUAUUAUGGUUGGAAUUUUGUGAAUUUGUACUAUGGAAGAAUUCAGACAGUCGAGUUCCGGCGGGGACCUGGAGUUUGUACAAUUGGCCCAUGCAUUGCAUGGAUUGAAUUGAUUAUCCGGUUCGCCCAGGCGGCAUUGGGGGUCACUACUACCAAGCUACUGGGGCAGAAAGAUGACGUCGCAGGUCUUUGGAAAUUCAUCAUAGAAAAUUCACCUGCGGCAGACAGUGAAAUUCCCCGCCCACUCUUUCACGGCAAAUCCGGGUCACUAGGCCCGCGACUUAUCCGCGACCUCGCCCCCGAAGAGCAGGAGAAGUUAGCGAGGAAGCAGGCAGAGGCCGAGAAGAAGAACUUCAUUUCGAUGAAGAUGAGACUCCUGUUUGCAGAAUGA